AUGGCUCCCAAUAUUCAGACAGCUACUCGAGCAGUUGACGAUGCUCUUGCUGCCUGCAAUCAUGCCAUGAGAUGUUCUGUUUCUCAAUCUUUGAAGAACAACACCCCGGGUGAAGUCGUAUUUGCUCGUGAUAUGUUGCUCAAGAUUCCUGUGAUUGUCGAUCUUUUGAGUAUACAGGAAAAACGACAAUUGCUUAUCAACGAAAAUCUAAGAAGACAAAAUGCAAAACGAAAGGAGUUUGAUUACGUUGUUGGUGGUGAAGUUUUAAUCAAGAACUUCAAUCCAAAUAAAUUGGAUCCUAAGAUGGAAGGUCCGCAUCAAAUCACUCGUGUGUUUACUAACGGAACUGUUGAAAUUUGCAGAAAUCAUCAAGUCUUUGAGAGACUGAAUAUACGGCGUCUCGUGCCGUUUUGUCAAGUCUAG